AUGGCGGCAACGUUGAACAUGGUUCAACCUCAGAUUCCUAAAUUGGAGAAACACAAUUAUGGAAAUUGGAGUAUUCAGAUGCGAGUCUUGUUCCAAUCACAAGAGUUGUGGGAUAUUGUUCAAGACGGCUACACCGAACCUGCUUCCCAAGAAGCCGAAGAUGCACUGACGAACAACCAGAAGAACGCCCUCAGAGAUGCAAGGAAACGAGACAAGAAGGCAUUAUUCAAUAUCUAUCAAGGUAUUGAUGAAACCACGUUUGAGAAAGUAAGUGCAGCCACCACGUCGAAACAAGCCUGGGAGAUUCUGAAGAAUGCUUUCACCGGCGUUGAUAAGGCGAUACGAGUUCGACUGCAGAUUCUACGUGGCGAGUUCGAAAGUUUGGCCAUGUCUGAAACGGAGAGCAUUUCAGACUAUUUCACUAGAACAUUAGUUAUUGUGAAUCAAAUGAAAAGGCAAGGGGAGAACAUUGAAGAUGUUCGUGUCAUUGAGAAAAUUCUUCGAUCCUUGACGUCGAAAUUUGAGCACGUCGUUGCGGCUAUCGAAGAAUCAAAAGAUCUCAACACCAUGUCAAUCGACCAACUGCAGAGCAGCUUGGAAGUCCAAGAGCAACGCAUGAAGAAAAAGACCACUCCGUCACUUGAGCAUAUGCUACAAGCGAAGAUGUCAAUCGAAGAAGAUAAGAAGUCUGAGCCUAGGGCAUCGCAUGGUGGAUACAACCGAGGCCGAGGUCGAGGCUAUCGUGGUCGAGGAAGACGCGGCCUGAAUUACCAGUAUGAUGGAGGACGUGGACAGAAUUACCAUAACCAAGGAGGACGAGGCCAGAAUUAUCAAAACGAGGGAGGACGACAGAAUUUCACCUAUCGAGGCACAGGUCGAAAUUCUUUUGGACCACGAGGACGAGGAAGAGGUCUGUAUAGAGGCGGUUAUUCUCAAACCUACAAUCGACAAGGGUUUGAUAAAGCAAAUGUCGAGUGUUAUACUUGUCACGAAUUCGGGCAUUACAGCUAUGAGUGUCCAGUAGCCGGAAAUACCAAUCAACAAGUCAAUUAUGCCGAAGAUGGAGACGAUGAUGAGCAGGUAAUUUCAACCUCCCUUUUUACAUAUAAAGAAAUUGAGGGUGAUCAGUAUAGCACAAUGGAUACUGGAGCAAGUAAUCACAUGUGCGGGAAUAAACAUGAAGAUGCACGUGAAAUUGAAGAACCAGAAUCACCUGAAUCAUCUCAAGGUCUAGGUGAAAAGCCAAGAAGAAUGCGCGACCUGUAUGAUAUAUAUGAAGCUACUGAUGAAGUUGAUGGAGCUGGAGAAGAAAAUGUGAAUCUUAUUUGUUUUCAUAUGGAUGCGGAUCUUGCCUAUGCAAUGCAAAUACUGCGCAAGAUAUGA